GGAGACGCACCGAUUAGCCCGGGUAAAAGGAGCAUGGAGGAGAAUGAGGGCAGCCUGCAGAGCCAGUAAGGUUCAAUGCACUAUCCAGAUAACUGAUGUGGAGGAGCUUGCUGCUGAGGGGCACCACCUGUCUCGUGCAGGUGGCAACCCCGAGGCUUCUCCACCAAAGACCCUCCCCACCCCUCUGUGCGAGACUCCUCACUCGGAGGCCCCUUCACAGGCCCCCCUGUGGUUUAGAGCCUCGGGGCGAAGGCUACUUCCUGGCACACGGUGGGACCAGGGCAUUUAAAAAAGAUGCAAAGUCUUCUGUGGAGGCUCCUGUGAGCCCCACCACAAUCACAGACAUCAAGCAGUAUCUGCGCACAAAGGAGAUUCCCUUCCACGAUGGCUACAGCUGCCUUCACACCCCGAGCAUCUUCGUGGAGCCGUCCGCCAGGAGGGACAGCUUCUCCCUGUUCGUCGACAAAACCACCGGGCAGUUCCUGUGUAAGGACACGCUGGUGGAAGGGAGCUGGGAGGAUCUCCAGGACUGCCUGGAGGUGAUGCAGAAGGAGGAGCAGGACUUCCUCAGCCCCCGCGUGCUGCUGGGGUACCCGGAGAGCGUGGAGGAGCAGGAGGACAGGGAGUGGGAGCUGAGGGAGGUGCAGAGGAUCUGGUCCAGCUCCGUGCCCUUCUCUGACCUCCCCGAGGACGAGGCUCAGCUCAUUAAAACCAUGUUUCAGAUCACAAAGAUAUCCAAUGCAACACUAAAGAGGUUUGGCGUGAGGCUCUUCAAACCUACCAAGAGUCUGGUUUUCCCCUGGUUCGGUGGACCCGACUCCUCCCUAAAAGGGGUGAAGCUUCUCUCCGCCCAAAGCACGGGCACCGACAAAGUCAUUUACAAUGAAGCCACGGUCCCAAAGUGCAAUUCGUACUACAACCUGUUUGGCCUCCCGCUGGUGGGCCGUAUGGACGCGGAGGUGGUGCUGACCGGACACGAGCUGGACACGCUGGCUGUGAGCCAGGCCGCGGGCCUCCCCAGCGUGGCUCUCCCCCGCGGGUUCAGCUGCCUCCCGCCCAUCCUGCUGCCGUACCUGGAGCAGUUCAAGCGGGUGACGCUGUGGCUUGGAGACGACAUUCGCUCCUGGGAGGCGUCGAAGAUCUACUCGCGCAAGCUGGGCCUGAGGCGCUGCUCGCUGGUGCGGCCCGGGGAGUCCCGGCCGCGUCCCGUGGAGGCGCUGGACCGGGGGAAGAACUUCGGCCACAUCAUCAAGUCCUCCAUCCCGGCGGCGCACAAGUCCAUCGUGUCCUUCAAGCAGCUCCGAGAGGACGUGUACGGGGAGCUGGUGAACACGGAGCAGGUGGCCGGAGUGAAGUGGGGCAGGUUUCAGGAGCUCAACAGGAUCCUGAAGGGACAUCGCAAGGGGGAGCUGACUGUUUUCACAGGUCCCACCGGCAGUGGGAAGACCACCUUCAUCAGCGAGGUGGCCCUGGACCUUUGCAUGCAGGGCGUCAACACGUUGUGGGGCAGCUUCGAGAUCAACAACGUGCGGCUGGCGAAGAUCAUGCUGACGCAGUUCGCCAUGCAGCGGCUGGAGGAAAACCUGGAGCAGUACGACUUCUGGGCGGACAAGUUCGAAGAGCUGGCCCUCUACUUCAUGACUUUCCACGGGCAGCAGAACAUCAAGACAGUGCUGGACACGAUGCAACACGCCGUCUACCUUUACGACAUCAACCACGUCAUCAUCGACAACCUGCAGUUCAUGAUGGGGCAGGAAAACCUCUCCGUCGACAAGUUUGCCGUCCAGGACCACAUCAUCGGAGCGUUCAGGAAGUUUGCCACCAACAGCAGCUGCCACGUCACUCUGGUGAUUCACCCCAGGAAGGAGGAGGACGACCGAGAGCUGCAAACCGCCUCCAUCUUCGGUUCAGCGAAGGCCAGCCAGGAAGCCGACAACGUCCUCAUCCUGCAGGAGAAGAAGCUGGUGACGUGUCCCGGCCGCCGGUCGCUGCAGGUGACCAAGAACCGCUUCGACGGCGACGUGGGCAUCUUCCCCCUGGACUUCCACAAGUCUUCGCUCACCUUCGCUGCGCCCAUCAAAGGAAGGCACAAGCUGAGGAAGCUCGCCGGCAAGCCGGAAGACGACGAGGAGGAGGCGGGCGAGAAGGAGGUGAAGGAGGUCAAGAAAGAGAAAGCGGCCAAAGCGACAAAGACUCCACGAUCUGUUAAGAAAGGCAACGAAAGCGUGGUGAAGUAACUAUGACGUAGUAUUAUAAUUCAUGGACGUCAGUUUUUAUUCCACCUUCACAUUUACAUUUUAGACAGUUUUAUGUCCAUGAAAGGUUCGACAGAUUAGGUUUGUGGGAGCGACGCAAUAUGUAAUUCACAGUGAAACAAAUAGUAAAUAAACUAGAAGGAUUUGAGAUGACAAAAGGUAUAUUUCAACCUGAAUGUGACUGAUGGUUUAAGUGUUAAGUGCAUAUUGCUAUGCAGGUACUUCUGUGUAUUAUUACUGUGCAAAGUGUUGAUAAAAUACUGCUAAACUUGUUCUUAAUUCCGCCCCCCAACAAAAAAAACAACUGUGACAUCUAACGCUACUGUUUUCAUGUAAAUCACUCGGUCUCAUAACCCUGGUGUGCUCUCUACUGACUUUUUGUACAAAGAAGAUUUAUAUUGAAUGUUCUUUCUUUUUUUAAAUAAAUAAAAUGCUAGUCAUGC